CUUCGUGAAUACUGGAAUCAUUGUAACUCUGAAAAUAAACUUCGUGGUUUUUAGUAGACCGCCGAAUAGAAUGCUGGCUGCUUCUGCGGCGUGUUUAGACAGAGCUGGUCAGAGAACUACAAAUCCCACAAUCCUCGAUGGUGUCCCGCGGGGAGGAAGGGGAAUGUGUAUCACGUGUUUCAAGAGGAAGAUAAUUCCGCUUCAGUUUGGACGGGAGACAGAUUUGUGCAUUAUUAGAUUGGUAUUGCGGACAGACGUGCGAACUGCUGGAGAAAGCCGCAGCAUUGAACUCUGGGAGCCUUAAGAGCAAGUACCCGUAUGUUUGUUGUGUUCAUGAAUAUCCGUUACUUUUUUAUUCUUCUGGCCAGGGGACCUAGCUGUGGUGAAGAUAAACUGAUUCCUCGUGCUGCAUGAUCAUCUAAUCAGAUAUGGAAUCUGCCCUCAUUAAAGAAGAGGCCUCUACACUGCCAGCGGUCUCCUGUGACGAGGGGCCCCCUGGCCUGGAACGUGUCCACAUCAAAGAAGAGGCUCCUGAUCUGGAAGCUGUCCCCAGUGACCAGGAAGCCUUGGACAUUAAAGACGAGGGCCCGGACGUGGUGCUUGUCAUUGUUAAAGAGGAGCCUCCUGAAUUGGAACCUGUGAGCACUCCAUGUGACCCUGACGCAGUGGAGGAGACCACUCAGUGGAGACGGACCAUCUCUCCCACGAAGAAAAGUCUAAAGCAUCGAAAUAGAAAAAGGGAGAGAAUGCUUCCAGGUUCUGUGUCUGAAACCGAUUCCAAGACCGCAAGCAACUGCCAUGAAUGCAGCGAGUGUGGAAAGAGUUUCAGCCAGUUACAAGCCUGUAGAAAUCACCAGCGCACUCACACAGGAGAGAAGCCCUAUCGAUGCACUGUGUGUGAGAAGAGUUUCAGCCAGCUAGGAACCCUGAAAACACACCAGCGAAUUCACACAGGAGAGAAGCCCUAUCACUGUACUACUUGUGGGAAGAGUUUCAGUGACUUGGGAAACUUUAAGCAGCAUCAGCAAACCCACACAGGAGUGAAAACGUGUCGCUGCACAGAGUGUGGGAAGACCUUUGGGAAUUUAAAUAUUCUGAAAACACACCAGCGAAUUCACACUGGAGAGAAGCCCUUUCACUGUGCUGAAUGCGACAAGAGUUUCAGACACUUGUACAGCUUUAAAAUUCACCAGCAGAUUCACACAGGAGAGAAACCAUUUCACUGCACUGACUGUGGGAAGAACUUCAACCAGUUAGUCCACCUGCAGUCACACCAGCGAAUCCACACAGGAGUGAAGCCGCUGCUCUGCACACAGUGUGGGAAGAGUUUUAGGCAUUUGAACAGCUUAAAAAUCCACCAGCAGAAUCACACCGGAGAGAAACCGCACCAGUGUGAUGAAUGCGGGAGGAGUUUCAGUCAGUCAGGAAACCUUAAAAAACACCAGCGCCUUCAUACGGGAGAGAGACCGUAUCAAUGCCCUGAAUGCAAGAAGCGCUUCAGUGAAGUCUGGGCUCUGAAAAGACACCUGCGAAUUCAUAAGAAAGACAUUGUGGAAAACACAGACGCGUGUCCUGCACUUGUAUAAAUAAUGGGACUGACUGGUGAUUUCAUAUCGUUACCCAGGUAGAUAACUUUCCACUUCAGAUGGAUCCAAAUUUAUUAUCUUGUAAAUCAGAAUGAUAUGAAUUGCCUAUGAUCAUUCUCUUAAAUAAAAAUAGAAAUAUUAUAAACAGAAACAAGAAGUGAAUGGCUUGUUCUAUACCUGUUGUGUUCUUUGCGAUGUUAAUGAGAUUUGGUGUCUCUCCACUCUUUCAUCACACCCUGUUAAUGUAAUGCAGGUUACACCACAUACUC